AUGGUUGAUCAUAAACUCAAGGAAGACAAGCCCUUCUCAUUUCUAACAUAUUCACCAUCCUUUGAUGAUCACAUACGCAGCGCGUUAACGUUUCCUUCGUUUGAUUGGGAAGAAGAGCUUCUUCCUCUCCACAACAACUUUGUUUCUCAAGCUUUUCAUUUGCCUACACCUUCUCUGUCAUUACCUGACCUUGAACCCUUGUCUCAAGAUGUACUCGACUCAUACAGCUCUGCAGAGCAGAACAGAGGCGAAGAUGACUUGGACAUGAAUACUAAGAAGAGGAGACUCAACAGAGAACAUAACGUGAGAAUCAUCAGCGAUGUUACUACAUACACAACCUUUCCGGCUUCAAAGGCAUUGUCCAUGGAGACUAUCUCUCGCUACUUCUAUAUGCCAAUAACUCAGGCAGCUAUGGAGCUUGACGUAGGUUUAACUCUUCUGAAAAGAAGAUGUCGCGAACUUGGUUUUCGCCGAUGGCCUCAUCGCAAACUCAUGAGCUUACUAGCUCUUAUUAGUAACGUCAAGGAGCGGCAGAAGAUGCAAGGCGGAGAGAAAGCAGGAAUAUUCAAGAACGCAGUAGAGAUACUUGAGGAUGAGAGGAGGAGGAUCGAAGAGAAUCCGGAUUUGGAGUUUAGCGACAAGACAAAGAGGCUGAGACAAGCUUGUUUCAAGGCUACACACAAGAUGAAGAAGAAGAAUAGUCUCAAGUCAUCAGAGAUGUCUAAACCCUCUUGUUCAAGCAGCGGCUCUGUCCUCAGUGAGGAGGAGUCAGUUAUUGAAGGUGUAGAAAGCGAUGAAGAAGUGAAGUAUCUCUUGUGUGGUUUCACAAAUGAGUUUAGUGGUUUGUGA